AUGGCACUGCUCCGGAGAGCUGGACUGGCCGCACCAGCCAUUGCCAGAUGUCGUGCGCCCAUCAUCGGCUCUGUCCCCGCUUCCCUGUUCAGCACCCGCUCCCGUAAAGCGCCAACCCCGGCUGAAACAUCUGCCUCUACCCCGCCUGCCGCCUCCGCUUCGGCAUCUUCCGUCCGGCACCCCGGCAGAAGACAAGUCAUCACCGCCGCCCGGCAUGCCUCCACUUCAAGCUCCAUCGCGACGGGCCCGGGCAACGUCUACACGGCGUCGUUUGCAUUUUUCGAGGCCAUUUGGGAGGCUGGUAUCACCCACUGCUUUGUCAACCUUGGCUCCGAUCACCCCAGCAUCAUCGAGGCCAUGGUCAAGGGCCAGCGCGAGGCCAAGGGCAAGUUUCCACGCAUCAUCACCUGUCCCAAUGAGAUGGUGGCCAUGUCCAUGGCGGACGGCUACGCCAGGUUGACGGGCAAGCCGCAGUGUGUCAUUGUCCACGUCGACGUCGGUACACAGGGCCUUGGCGCUGCCGUGCACAACUCGUCCACCGGUCGCGCUCCCGUCUUUGUCUUUGCGGGCCUAUCCCCCUUUACCCUCGACGGCGAGCUCCGUGGAAGCCGUACCGAGUUCAUCCACUGGAUCCAGGAUGUGCCUGAUCAGAAGCAGAUUGUCGCCCAGUACUGUCGCUAUUCUGCCGAGAUCAAGACAGGCACCAAUGUCAAGCAGAUGGUCAACCGCGCUCUCCAGUUUGCAAAGUCCGACCCUCAGGGCCCCGUCUACCUCUGCGGCGCCCGCGAGGUUAUGGAGGCCGACAUUGAGCCUUACUCGCUCAAGCAGGGCGACUGGGAUCCCGUGCAGCUCGGUAGUCUCCCUCAGAGCGGUGUUGACAAGAUUGCCAACGCCCUCGCCUCCGCCGAGCGGCCCGUCAUCGUGACCGGCUACUCUGGCAGGAACCACAAGAUCCCCGGUGCGCUUGUAGAGCUUGCCAAUACAGUAAAGGGCCUGCAGGUUGUCGACUCGGGGGGCAGCGACAUGUGCUUCCCGGCUGACCAUCCAGCCUGGAGAGGCUUGCGCUUCGGCGUCGACAAGGCCAUCUCCCAGGCAGACGCCAUCCUCGUCGUCGACUGUGAUGUGCCGUGGAUUCCCACUCUGUGCAGGCCCCGCGAGGACGCAAACAUCUUUCACAUCGACGUCGAUCCGCUCAAGCAGCAAAUGCCUCUGUUCUACAUCGAAGCGAGCGCCCGAUUUCGUGCCGACGCUCUAACAUCCAUUGAACAGGUCACCGCCGCCCUCAGGACGGGCCCCGCCGCCACCAAGUUGCAGGAGAGUGACACGACACAGGCCGCCGAUCGGGUUGCGCGCGAGUAUAGGGAGCACCUGGACGGCAUCGCCCAGAGGGCCAAGCCGUUGGAGGACGGCAGCUUCGGCACGGGCCAUCUGUCACGGACUCUCAAGAAGAUGUGCCCCGAGGACACGCUCUGGGCCGUCGAAGCCGUCACCAACACCGUCUUUGUGCACGACAAUCUCCAGCCGUCAAUUCCUGGUUCGUGGAUCAACUGCGGUGGCGGCGGCCUCGGCUGGUCCGGCGGCGGUGCUCUGGGCAUGAAGCUGGCGACGGACGCCGAGAGCGGCGGCAAGGGCAAGUUUGUGGUGCAGAUUGUCGGAGACGGCACCUACCUCUUCUCCGUACCGGGCAGCGUGUACUGGGUCUCUAGGCGAUACAAGAUUCCCAUCUUGACCAUUGUCCUUAACAACAAGGGCUGGCAUGCCCCCCGGCGCUCUCUGCUGCUGGUGCACCCCGAUGGCCUCGGGUCCAAGGCGACCAACGAGGAGGCUAACAUUUCGUUUGACCCCGUGCCAGACUACUCGGGUAUUGCCAAGGCAGCCGCGGACGGCGACAUUUUUGCGGCGCGCGUCUCACAGGCGUCCGAGCUCGAGGGCGUGCUCAAGGAGGCCAUCGCAAAGGUGCAGGCCGGGCAGACGGCGGUGGUAGACUGCAAGGUUGUGCCGGGCUGCUAG